AGGUACUGAAUCUUUCUACCUGUAUUCAAGAAAGCUACAGAAGACCAAGAAUGUCCAAUCCUCAGUGGAAGAUGUUCCAACCGCCCGAAACACACUCAUCACCCUUGCAAGACAUUUUAGAUCUCCAGCAUUCUAACAUGCAACCCAAAGCAUCAUACCGUAAUGGUGAGUAUCCAAGUUCACCAAGGGAUAAUUACAACGGUCAAUCAAAGACUGGUGGUGGCAACCGCUUCUCUCUGGGUUACAAUAUUGACGGCUGUCCAAUGGGCGACUCGGUUUAUUCUUCUGGCUCUACUAACAAUUCUUCGUCUCAACAAUAUGACUCAAUGAAUCACCCACCUAUUAGAGAGACAGGCAUUAUUGAAAAGCUUCUGCACUCCUAUGGAUUUAUUCAGUGCUGUGAGAGACAAGCCCGUCUCUUCUUUCACUUCAGCCAGUUUAGCGGCAAUACUGAACAUCUGAAGAUAGGAGACCCUGUGGAGUUCGAGAUGACAUAUGAUCGUCGCACUGGAAAGCCAAUAGCUUCAACGGUGACUAAGAUUGCACCUGAAGUGGUGUUGAGUGAAGCCCGUGUAACUGGGACAGUAACUACAGAAGUAAAGGGAGAAGGCUCUGGGGACAAUACUGGAAGAAUUUCGUAUGAAAAUCGUGGUGAAUGUUUCUUUUUACCUUAUACUAAAGACGAUGUUGAGGGUAAUGUCACUCUGCGCACUGGAGACGCUGUCAGUUUCCAGAUAGCAACUAAUCAGCGUGGUACGUUGGGAGCGUGCCAUGUCCGCUUUGAAAAUCCUGUGCAUCCUGUCAAAUAUCAUGGAGUGGUUUGUUCCAUGAAGGAAAACUUCGGAUUCAUUGAACGUGCAGAUGUAGUGAAAGAGAUAUUCUUCCAUUAUUCGGAAGCUAAGACUAAAGAAGAGCUGGUCUUGGGAGAUGAUGUAGAAUUCAUCAUUCAAACUAGAAACGGAAAGGAAGUGGCUUGUAACAUAACGAAAUUGCCGAGCGGUUCCGUGGUGUUUGAGGAUGUUAGUCCGGAGAUAAUGCGCGGACAAGUGUUGAAGCCAUUGGAACGCGGGAGCUUGGUGCGCGUGGCUCAGAACGAUCCUCUGCCUGGCCGCAUCAGAUAUCGGGCAGCUGAUCACUCUGAAGUAGAGGUACCUUUUGGUGACAAGGACCAAUGUGGCGAGUUCACUCUACGCCACGGGGAUUGGGUCCAGUUUCAAGUCGCCACAGAUCGCAGGGAUCAAUUGAAACGUGCCACAAACAUCUCAUUGUUAGAUGAAUCAUUCAAUGUUUCUGGUGAACGGAGGGAGCAAGGAGUAGUGUGCUCUUUGAGAGAAGGAUUUGGAUUUAUUCGGUGUGUUGAGAGGGAACACACUAUGUUCUUCCACUUCGCCGAAGUGCUACGUCUUGGUCAAGAACUCAGUGUCGGUGAUGAGGUGGAGUUUACAGUAGACCCAUUGAGCACAUUCUCGAAUAUGAACAAUCGCCAAUCUGGCAUCCGCAUUAAGCAUCUCCCUCCUGGAACUGUGAAGUUCGAAACUCUGAUUGAGCAUGGCGCCCGCGGCGUUGUCACGAAGGAGGCUCAGCUUUAUCCGUCUUCCACUUCUAGCCCGUCUCGCCCCCCUCCAUCGGAAUACAAUGGCUUGAUAAGUUGGCAAGUAAACCAACAGACUAAGAAAUCCAUCCCAUUCUCAGCGAAAACAUGUGAAUCCAAAAUGCUCCCGCGUAAUGGCGAUGUUGUUACUUUUGACCUAUACCAGAUAAAACGAACAAAAGAGUUGGUGGCUAAGUCAGUACAAGUACAGCACAGUCUUACCAACGGGAAUAACAACAAUGGCGCCGGCAAUCGGCCUCUCAUGCAAGGCUUUAUUGCUGCUCUUAAAGAUGGAUUCGGUUUCAUUGAAACCUCGGACCAUACAAAAGAAGUAUUCUUUCAUUUUAGUAAUUUGGAAGGCAAUCCAGAUGGUCUGGAACUAGGCUGUGAGGUGGAGUAUACCUUGGGACGAGUGAACGGGUCUGGAGGCGGGUGCGCGAGUGCUGAGUACGUGCGGGUGUUACCUCGCGGCUCUGUACCCAUCGCAAAGCCGCUUGACCCUACACUCAACGGAACAGUCACCAGGACUUUGCGGGCUUUGAAUCCUGACCAAGCUCACUAUUGCGGAUUGAUUCAAGUAGAAGGUGGCACCUCGUACGAGUUCGGUAUAAUGGGAUUGGCGUGCAAGCGUGAAAUACUACAGGUCGGCGACCCAGUCACUUUCCAGGCCGACGUAGAGGGCCGAGCUACAAACAUUGUGCCAAUUAGGAAGAAGAGGCGUGCCACUGUUGACGCUAUUAAAGGUGGAUUUGGUUUCCUCUCCCUGGAGGCCGAGGAUAAUCGUCGCCUAUUUUUCCACAUGUCAGAAGUUCGUGGUAAUCCUGCAGAUCUACAGCCCGGUGAUGUGGUCGAGUUUGUAAUGCUGACCAACCCUAGGAAUGGCAAGUCGUCCGCUUGCAACGUCGUAAGAAUUGGUGGCAAAGGUUUUGCUGGGGGCAAGGCCAGGUGCGAACGCCCGGAGCGUUUGUUGGCGCGGCUUCGUACAGCCUCGCUCGAGGAUUCUAGUGGACCACGGGUAGUCGUAUUGCGCGCCCCUCGUGGUCCCGAUGGUACUCGUGGUUUCCGCCCACGGCGACCUGUCGCAGAACAACUAGCUGAGUAA